GCUUCCAACAUCAAUAUACUCGGAGCAGGACCACGAAGCACUCACUCAGCAUGAGUCUUUCAAGAAAUUUCAAACAGCAAAUAGAGUAUCUUCCAUGACGUAGAAAGAAAAGAAGCGCAGACUUUCUGAUGCUAUAUGAAGCUCCAAUCCAUCCUCGCCCACGAUGAAGUCCCUCCUCAUCCUCCUCGCCACUGCCUCAUCCAUCACCGCCCGCUCCACCUGGCAAGAACUCUAGGUCGGCAGCGCCGACGAAGCCGGCACUUGCGUUCGCCUACCCCCAAACAACAACCCCGUAACCUCAGGCAUAUCCAACGACAUGCGCUGCAACGUUGGCGGCACAACAGGCGUCUCUGGGGGUCUGUGAAGUCGCCGGUAGGCUCACUCCCCUCCCCUAAACUCUCCUUUCCCCUCCCCAGCCGGCACCACCCUCACCGCCGAAAUGCUCGCCCGACCCGGCAACCGCUCCUGCGCCAACCCGGCCAUCGGCGGCAACCACUACGGGCCCGCCAUGGUCUACAUGUCCGCCGUCUCCGACGCCACCACCGCCGACGGCUCCUCGUCCGGGUUCAAGGUCGCGCAGGACUUGCACGCCGGCACUAUGGCGAGCUGGGGUACGGAGAUCCUGAACGCGAACUGUGGGAAGCCCACGUUCUCGGUGCCGCAGACGCUGGCGGGUGGGAAUUAUCUGGUCAGGGCCGAGGCGAUUGCGCUGCAUGCGGCGAGUGGUACGGGCGGGGCGCAAAUUUAUAUGAGUUGUUAUCAGAGUAAGUGGAUUUGGUGUGAUGUGUAGAGGCUGUGUGCAGCGAUCCUGGUAUUCUUAUCAACAUUUCCCAAACACCGUUCACAUACACGGCACCGGGACCUGCUAUGUGGACUGGUUAGGGAAGUGGAGGAUCUACAUUUUAAUUGCUGUCCCAGUAGCGAAGCGACACAGUGUCUAUCCUGGUUUCCUCCAAGAUGAGAAGUGAAAGAUCGCAAUGUAUUCCUGCUGGGCCAUGCAUAACACCAUCUGCCGUCUUUGGUGACGUCCACUUACUUCGCAUACUGAGAGAAAGCAAAAGAGUUCAAACCAAAACUACCCUUCGAGCCUGCAAACGAAAAAAA